GAGAAUGGAGAAGGUGCCAAAUAAAUUCUCCUUUUUAGCGCCCUUUCUUCCCGAUCGGCUGGUGAUUCGAUCGCCGGAGAAAAGGAGAGGAUGGCGGCUGAAGCGGCGGUAGAUGCCGGCGAGUUGAAAAGAGGGGCGAUUGUGGUGGGAAUCGAUGACAAUGAGCACAGUUUCUACGCGCUUCAAUGGAUACUCGGCCACUUCUUCGCCGGCGGGGGCGCUGGUUAUAAGCUAUUCGUCGUCCACGCCAAGCCCAACCCCACCUCGGUCGUCAGCAUCGGGGGCCCUGGAGCUGCAAAUGUCCUUCCUUAUGUAGAGUCAGAUUUGAAGAGAAUUGCUGCUAGGGUGAUUGAGAAGGCUAGGGAGCUUUGUGUUGCUAAUUCGAUAAAAGAUGCUGUAUUUGAGGUGGUGGAAGGAGAUGCAAGGAACGUUCUCUGUGAUGCUGUCGAAAAGUUUAAUGCUGAUGUGCUUGUUGUGGGCAGCCAUGGCUAUGGAGUAAUAAAAAGGGCGGUGCUGGGGAGUGUGAAUGACUACUGUGCUCACCAUGCACACUGCACGGUCAUGAUAGUGAAGAAGCCCAAGCACAAGAACAAGCACUAAUCCUCUCAAGGUUUUAUUCUACUGAACUUAAAAAGAAAAUAAAUUCCUCCAAUUGUAAUAGCCUGUCAAACUUGAUGAAUCUAUAAAACUCUGGUUUGUAUAAAAUGUUUGCUGUGAAUGAAUACAAUAUAAAUAAUAAUAAGCACAGUUUGUCCAGGCUGCC